ACCAAUGCUAUAUAUUGUCAAGAAUCUUCUCUCCAGUCCAUUAUUUUCCUUUUGAUUCUUUCUCUCUUAUCUCUCUCUUUGUUUUUCUUUUUUUUUUUGGCUCCUGUUACCUGGAUACGCUUAACAACUGGCUGAGAAGCAAGCUGAAAUAUACAUUUACCAUUUUCCCCUUCUUGUCUUAUCAACAGUGUCACCAUCAUGUAUGUUAAAGAUGCAGAGCAGGUCAGCCAAGAAAUGGAGGAACUUGAUGACAGCAACAACAAAAAGCCUUGGCCUUUGCUUUGUAGGGGUGGUUUCUUCUGUUCCCAGAUGGAGAAUUGGGCUGAUAAAGACUCUCCCCCGGCUGUGGUCAGUGGCAGCAAUGAACUGGAAUGCAUUUCUGAAGAUGCAGUUGCCACAGACAGAAAACAUGACUUGUUGACAAAUUUUGUUCCCACUCUUCGGUCAGGAGAGUGGUCUGAUAUUGGGGGUCGUCCCUAUAUGGAGGAUACUCAUAUAUGCAUUGCGGACUUGGCUAAGAAUUUUGGUUGUAAUUUAAUGAGCGAAGAAGCUGUUUCCUUCUAUGGUGUUUUUGAUGGGCAUGGAGGACAGGAUGCAUCUCAAUUUGUCCGUGAUCAUUUGCCUAGAGUUAUUGUUGAGGAUGCUGAGUUUCCCUUAGAACUUGAGAAAGUUGUCACCAGGUCGUUCAUGGAGACUGAUGCUGCAUUUGCAAAGUCUACCCUGGCUUCUGGCACUACUGCUAUCACUGCAAUGAUAUCUGGGAGGUCUUUACUUGUGGCAAAUGCUGGGGAUUCUAGGGCAGUACUAUCAAGGCGUGGAAUAGCUACAGAGAUGUCGAAGGAUCAUAGGCCUUGUUGCAUGGAAGAGAGGAGACGAGUUGAAUCUCUGGGUGGAUCCAUUGAUGAUGGUUAUCUGAAUGGUCAACUGGGUGUCACCCGGGCGAUAGGCGAUUGGCACCUUGAAGGUAUGAAGGAAACGGGCGAGAGAAUUGGCCCCCUAAGUGCUGAACCAGAAAUCAAAAUGAUAAUAUUGACCAAGGAAGAUGAGUUUUUGAUCAUCGGUAGUGAUGGAAUAUGGGAUGUUUUUUCCAGCCAAAAUGCCAUAGAUUUUACAAGGAGGCGACUCCAGGAGCACAAUGAUGUGAAGUUGUGCUGCAAAUUAAUAGUUGAAGAAGCAAAAAAAAGAGGUGCAACAGACAAUUUGACAGUUGUUCUGGUGAGUUUUCACUUGGAGCCGCCUCCCCCUUCUAUCAUACAACGGGCAAGUGUCAGGAGAAGUAUUUCUGCCGAGGGGCUUCAUAGUCUCAAGUGCCUGUUAGAAGGAUAAAAUUCUAUAUAUUCUUUCCAUUCAAUACUUGGUAGACGAGGGAGAGAACUAGUUAAUGAUUAUGCUUGGCUGUCCAGGUAGGAUCGUCCUAUGUAUAUAUAUUCAUCAAUAAAAGCAAAUAAAUUUUGAAAUAAUCAAAUUAUGAUUAUGAUUCAUAAUUUGAUAGAUUUUAGAUUCUCUUUCUGAAUCAUUCUUAUUGGCUUCUAAUGGAGCUUGAGGGUAAUUUGAGGAACAGAAUUGAUUGUAUAUAUGGGGCAUGGAUGGAUGAUUGUAAAUAGAAAUAAUUCUGUUAUUGUUCUAUUUUUUAAAUGUAUUAUUGCAGACAAAUGUCAUCCUCCUGAAAGUACUAACAUUGAACUUUUGACAGUUUAAUAGCCAUCAUUUUGGUUAUCCUCUUGACUCUCACGGUUGUUUCUUAACCAGAGAAGCAGCUAUUGUCUCACCUGUUUAAGCUAAAUAUGGUUCUUGAAUGGAUCUUCCCAUAUGGAUAGGGGAUAUCGGGGUUGCAAGUGAAUUGCACAGGAUAGGACCACAAAGUGGGCAGUAUAAUCUGUGCUACUUAGGGAAUCCAACUUGAGACUACCAUCAUGGAAAUGAAGAGUUGAUAUACAAUGCGUGCUAUGCCACUAAAUGCAUCCAAAUCUAGCAUUGCAUACCAGCACGGAAAUGACUGAUUGCAUGCACAUGUUUGCAUGAUCACACAUAGUGACAUAUCAUGACAGUAAAAAGAAAUCCUCCAAAGUUUCAUGAACUUUAGACAUGUAGGAUCAAUUUCUGAUCUGGUUACAUAUUUAUCUAGGUAAUCAUCUCCUAGCCGACAGGC